AUGGGAGCCUCCAAGAACAAGGAUUCUCCGCCAGACCAUCCCAAGAAAGACGACCCCUCACCUGCCACCAAAGGCGGCGAAACAUCACAAACACCACCACAACCCCCGCCGCCGCUAUAUCCCCAAUACCCAAAUCCCUACCCAUACCAACCCUACCAGCCCUACCCGCCGCCCCCGUACGGGCCCCCGUAUACCCACAAUGACUACUACUACCAGCAAUACUGCCGCAAAGAAUGCGAAAGCAGCGCCAACUUCGCCCGCGUCCUCCUCAUCCUCAUGCUCCUCCUCGUCUCCACCAUCCUCACCAUGUCCUUCAUCAUGUGGUUCCUCUUCGGCGCCUCCGUCCCCGAAUUCCACGUCGCCUCGCUCAAGGUCUCCAACUUCUCCGCCACCGCAACCUCCUUCUCGGGCGUCUGGAGCCUCGAGAUGGAGGUCGCGAACGUCAACACGGAGCUGGACGUGCGGUUCGAGCGUGGCGUCUCGACCGUGGUCUACAAGGACUCCAUGCUGGGCAUGGUGCCGGUGGAGGCGUUCCAGGUGCGGAAGACGCAGAGGUUCGGGGUGAACGUGACGGUACCGUCGCUGAAGGACCAGAGCUGGGUCCCGCCCACGCUGGUGGCGGACUGGAGCGGCGGGUUGGUGGUGGUGAGCGUGAGGGUGGCGGUGGACGCCAAUUUCACGGGGACGGAUGUGCUCUACAGGCCGCAGAGGCUGAGGGUUCUGUGCGAGGAUUUGCCGGUGAGCUUCAAGUCGGCCAGCGGUGAGGGGACGAUGGGGUCCACCUUCGGGAACAAUUGUUUCAUCCGCCUCCAAGAUUAG